CGACCGAUUUGGGGGUUUAGGGUUCUCUCUCUCUCUCUCUCUGUGCACGACUUCAAUCGCGAAGAGCGCGAACUGCUGAAACUCCAGCUUCCGUGCUCUGACCACAUCGCCGGUCGAGGCGUUUCGGCGCAACCCAGAACGGAAAUUUCCAUUCUUUGCGACUCUAACCCAGCCAAGAUCGGAUCUUGAUCGCCUCGCGAGUCCUCGAGUGAAGCGAAGUGAAAUAUGGCCACUAGACCUGAAGGUGAACCGGUAAAUGAGCAAGCAGUUGCAACUAUAUAUGGUUCCUUAAGGAAUGAACUUAACCAAAUCUACUCAAAGAUCACAGAGCUAGAGAUGGAGGUGAGUGAGCAUUCUUUGGUCGUAAGUGCUAUCCAGCCUGACCCUUCAAGACGGUGCUACCGAAUGAUCGGUGGUGUGCUGGUCGAGAGAACCAUCAAAGAGGUUCUGCCUGCAGUUCAGCGCAAUAAAGAGGGACUUGAGGAGGUAAUCGGAAGGUUGAACGAGGCCCUCGAAAAGAAGAAGAAGGAAAUUGCUGAUCUUGAGGCCAAAUACAAGAUCAGGAUACGGAAGUCCGAUGGUGACGUGAAGGAUGAUGGUGGCCGGAAGGAAGGUUCUUCUCAGGGUGUACUUGUGGGCCCUGCUAGUUGAAAAGCAGGAUAAUGUCUUACCCUUUUUAAUCUUGUUGUUUAGCAUUGCGAGUUAUACUUUCUCUCUUUAUACAAGCAUGAACUUUUUAUUUUCUUUUACUGUGUUUUGGAAGUCAAUGCUGUAGUGAUCUGGUUUUGUGCUGUGCUUUGAUUGGGAGUGCCGAAGGUUAGAACAUGUGGUAAUGUUCUCCUUUUCUUAUUUUAUUUCACGAGCAUGAUGACUCA